CAGGGAGCCAACCAUAUGAUAUUAGGUCGAGUAAAAUCAAUUUUCAAGGGGAAUAUACGGUCCAUGAGAGGAACAUGUAAUAUAAAUACACUGAUUUGCACUAGAUUAUCCUAUCUUCCCCCUCUCAAUGCUGGUCAUCAGGUUCGUGGCUAUCUUUCUCGUCGUUCGAUCCGACGCCGUAACGGUGGUGAUCCAUUCGAACCGUUUCUUCCAGAAUGCCCAUCGCUCCUUUGACCAACCUUCGGGUCC